AUGGCAGUCAGCGCCGCCUCUGGAGUGUCGCCCCCUGCCCCCCUUUUUUCGCCCCCUGCCCCCCUUUUUUCGCCCCCUGCCCCCCUUUUUUCGCCCCCUGCCCCCCUUUUUUCGCCCCCUGCCCCCCUUUUUUCGCCCCCUGCCCCCCUUUUUUCGCCCCCUGCCCCCCUUUUUUCGCCCCCUGCCCCCCUUUUUUCGCCCCCUGCCCCCCUUUUUUCGCCCCCUGCCCCCCUUUUUUCGCCCCCUGCCCCCCUUUUUUCGCCCCCUGCCCCCCUUUUUUCGCCCCCUGCCCCCCUUUUUUCGCCCCCUGCCCCCCUUUUUUCGCCCCCUGCCCCCCUUUUUUCGCCCCCUGCCCCCCUUUUUUCGCCCCCUGCCCCCCUUUUUUCGCCCCCUGCCCCCCUUUUUUCGCCCCCUGCCCCCCUUUUUUCGCCCCCUGCCCCCCUUUUUUCGCCCCCUGCCCCCCUUUUUUCGCCCCCUGCCCCCCUUUUUUCGCCCCCUGCCCCCCUUUUUUCGCCCCCUGCCCCCCUUUUUUCGCCCCCUGCCCCCCUUUUUUCGCCCCCUGCCCCCCUUUUUUCGCCCCCUGCCCCCCUUUUUUCGCCCCCUGCCCCCCUUUUUUCGCCCCCUGCCCCCCUUUUUUUGCCCCCUGCCCCCCUUUUUUUGCCCCCUGCCCCCCUUUUUUUGCCCCCUGCCCCCCUUUUUUUGCCCCCUGCCCCCCUUUUUUUGCCCCCUGCCCCCCUUUUUUUGCCCCCUGCCCCCCUUUUUUUGCCCCCUGCCCCCCUUUUUUUGCCCCCUGCCCCCCUUUUUUCGCCCCCUGCCCCCCUUUUUUCGCCCCCUGCCCCCCUUUUUUCGCCCCCUGCCCCCCUUUUUUCGUUCCCGUCCGUGACACGAAGCACCAGCCGGAGGCAGCAAUCGUAA